GUUGCAGGAGGCAGCUUAACCUCUUGUGCUGCAACACCAGCCCCUCAGUCCUUGGUUUGGAACUCAGUUUGCAUCCUUGGGUAGUCCGCUAACCUCUGAAAACUUCACUUUGUUCUUUCAAGUGGGAGUUUGGCUCUGCGGUGGUUCCUAACUCACGUGACACGUCGUGAUCACCUGCACGGCUUGACAGAGCCCUGCAGCCUGAUCGUACCUGCACAGACUCUGGUUUGCCUCUGAAUUCACCCUCUCUCCUGGCAUAGCCGGUGCUGAUGGCUGGGAACAAAGGCAGGGGGCGUGCUGCCUAUACCUUCAAUAUCGAGGCUGUGGGGUUCAACAGAGGAGAUAAGUUACCUGAUGUAGUAUUGAAACCACCACCAGUGUUUCCGGAUACAGAUUAUAAGCCAGUGCCGCUGAAAACAGGGGAAGGCGAAGAGUAUAUGCUGGCUUUGAAACAGGAACUGAGAGAAACCAUGAAACGAAUGCCUUACUUUAUUGAGCCACCUGAGGAGAAGCAAGAUAUUGAAAGGUAUAGCAAAAGAUGUAUGAAGGCAUACAAAGAAGAAUGGAUGCCAGAUUGGAGAAGACUUCCAAGAGAGAUGAUGCCAAGAAAAAAAUGUAAAAAAGCUGGACCAAAAUCCAGAAAGGCCGAUGACGCUAGGCAAGCCCCGGCCCUGCCUAGCACUGUGGACGUGUUGAAGAAGAUCGAGGAAUUGGAAAAGAGAGGCGAUGGUGAGAAGUCAGAUGAGGAAAAUGAAGAGAAAGAAGGCAGCAAAGAGAAGAACCAAGAAGGCGACAAUGAUGAUGACGAUGAUGAAGCCGCAGAGGAGGAGGAGUAUGAUGAGGAAGAGCAGGAGGAGGAAAAUGACUACAUCAAUUCCUACUUUGACAAUGGCGAUGACUUUGGUGCCGACAGUGACGACAACAUGGACGAAGCAACCUACUAGCCGUGAGGUUUCUCAGAAAGUAUUUUUAUAGUGCAGCUUCCAGGCAUUCAGACAGACUCGUUUUCUGUUUUAUUUCUGAGGAGCAAUGGGCGCCUGUUUGAUUUUCGUUACCCUUUUGUGGGCAGAUACUGAGACUCGGUACCAACAUUCUCAGAACCCUGUUUCUGCAGUAGUUGCCUUGUACAAAACCUGUCCCUGGCACUCAACAUUCCCGCUAGACACCUGCUCCUAGUUCUCUCGCAGAUACAUUUGUGUUGUUAGAGUUGGAUCUGCCUUUUGAGUUUUUACAUCUCUUCAUCUGUGUAUCCAUACUUGAACAAACCAUUCUUGUGUAACUGCUGAUCUUUUGUACAGAUAUUGUCAGUGGAUUUUUAUAAUCCACAAAUCAAUUUUAAACAGCACAUGUAGCACUUUAAAAAAAAAAAAAGCGAUGAAACUUGAAACUAACUGCUUUCUGCUUUGAUGUGGUAUGUUCUGUACCACUACAUCAUGACCUUAACCUACCUGAGCUGUGAACAUGUACAAACUUAGAGAGAUGAGAAGAUUUGUGAUGAAAACAUCCCACAGAGAGACAGGCCAAGUCGAGCUAUGCAUCUCUGGGUACAAAUCUCAUAGCUCACAUCUCAUAAGAGACUUGGAUGAACACACUGUUUGUAUUUAGUGCUAACUAUGCCACGCAAGGGAACUUCACGGAGUUCACGGAAACUAGAACUGCAAGUUGAUUUUGGUGCAAAAUACUUUUUAAGUUGUAUGUAUGUGAAAUCAACACCUGUAAUAAGUCUUAACAUCUUAAAAAUGGUUGGGAUCAUAAAACAUGAGACUGCCACCCUGCAUAGCUCGGCACUUCACCCGGGUGAGGAGUAGGUUCUGCACCGUCAGUUGUGUUGUGGAAUGUGUGUGUGUGAUUUCUAUGAUUCUGUGUGCCACAGGUCUGAGCUAUACAAUCCAUUCCUAUCACAGCACAGGAUGAACUCAGGUCACUUUCAAAUGAACCUAACUUCAAAGCUAGCUCCCCAACGUCUUAUAUUUUGAUGGGGGAAGUAACCCAAAACUGCAGCCUCCAAAGACUCAAAGAUGCCAAAGAUUUUUCAAGGCAACUCAUAUCUCAAAGAUGAUUUGUUAUUUUAUUCACCAGGUGAAGUCAAACUUUGUUACCCCCUUUGAGGAGAUACCACCUGUUGUCCCCUGAGGCAGUGCCACCCUGUGCUAUUAAACUCAGCCCUGAAACCGAGCUUGGCAAAGUUCUGUGCCUUAGUUUCUCUGCUUACAAAUAACUUCAACACCAACUGAGCUGUGCUACAUGUAGACCAGCUCACUUCUGAAAUGUGGUUGCUACCCUCUAAAAAUGUUACAGCCUAGAAAGUAACCAAAACCACAUUUGUGAAACUUGUUGCCUUCACAAAAACAUAUUAACAAUCCUUUUUGGUGGGGAAAAUGGGAGCAGAUUUCUGUCAUCUGUGCCAUUCUGUAAUGUGACUUUCUCAGGACAUAGGCCAAUGUCAGCAGCAACACUUCCUUGAAUAAUUACUAUGGGGUGUGAGGCCCCGCGUCACUAGGUUAGUGAACCCCUUUUUGCUUAAGGAAGCUUAUAAAAAAUGUUUAGGGUAAGUCACAGCAAUCUACUUAGAAACCCCCAAGAGGGUCUUCAGUAGCAGUGGGUAACGCUGUCAUACAGGAUUAUUGGCUAGCACACGGUUCAUUCUCUCACCUCCCGAGUACCACAAUCCAGUACCAGCUAGACCACACAACUCCUCUCUGCAGUUCUGGUUAUAUGUUUCCUUACACAUCUGCAGAUAACAUCUUCCAUUAGGCAAGUGAAACAAAGGUGAAAGUAUUUCUUUUCCUAGCUCUCAAUUUGCAGUCAUUGUUUUUGUCCUGAGAAAGGUCGGGCGCCCCAGCCACUCGCUCCCCAUCUGGAAGCUUUAAGUAUUGUGGAUACAGGCACAAGUUGCAAGCUGCUUUGCCAACAGAAGUCUCAUUUUUCUCCCUUACAGUGUACACUGUGAAGUUAUUCCAUGGGAAAAUACACAUUAAUUUUGCCUUUUAUGUAUAAAAAAAGUAUUGAAGUGUCAAGAACUGUUACAGCAAGCAAAAGCGGUUGCUACAAUGCUUA